AUGAACAACAUCAACAUCGUGUGCCUGGGUGGCGCGAGCGAAGUGGGUCGUUCGUGUGUAAUUAUAGAAAGUGCGAAUAGGUCAAUCAUGUUGGAUUGUGGAAUUCACCCUGCCUUUAUGGGGAUAGGAUGUUUACCCAUCUAUGACGCGUACGACAUUUCGAAGGUGGACUUAUGUUUAAUAACACAUUUUCACAUGGACCACAGUGGUGCCUUACCGUACCUAAUUAACAGAACCCGUUUUAAAGGGAAGGUAUACAUGACCGAGGCGACGAAAAGUAUCUGUUAUUUAUUAUGGAACGACUAUGCGCGAAUUGAAAAAUGUAUGCACAUGAUGAAUAAAAUGAAAGGAAGCAGAAAUAAAAAUGAAGUGGGUGAAAAUGAAACGGAUGAGUACGGAAACAAGAUUAAAAGGGGAGGAGUAUACUCCAGUGAUGAGUAUGGAAGUGAAGACAAUGAAGACGAUGAUUAUUACCAAAGUUACAUUUGUGAAAUGGGAGAUGGAGAUAUAAAGCAUAAUGUACUGUAUGAUGAAAAUGAUAUAAAUGUAGCGAUGAAAAGGAUAGAAACUUUAAAUUUUCACGAACAUAUAGAAUUUGAGGAUGUAAAAUUUACAGCAUAUAGAGCAGGACACGUCAUUGGUGCAUGUAUGUUCUUGGUGGAAAUAAAUAACAUACGUUUUUUGUACACAGGGGAUUAUAGCAGGGAGGUGGAUAGGCAUAUUCCCAUAGCAGAGAUCCCCACUAUUGAUGUUCACGUGUUGAUUUGCGAAGGGACAUAUGGAAUAAGAGUGCAUGACGAUAGAAAAAAAAGGGAAGUUCGCUUCCUUAACAUGAUUACAAGUAUAUUAAAUAAUAAAGGGAAAGUGUUACUCCCGGUGUUUGCACUAGGGAGGGCCCAGGAAUUGCUACUAAUUAUGGAGGAACAUUGGGAAAAAAACACACAGCUGCAGAAAAUACCCAUUUUUUACAUUUCCUCCAUGGCUACGAAAUCGUUAUGUAUAUAUGAGACAUUCAUAAAUUUGUGCGGAGAUUUUGUACGACAUGUACUUAAUGAAGGAAAAAAUCCUUUCAAUUUUAAGUACGUGAAAUAUGCGAAAUCUUUGGACUCCAUUUUGAAUUAUUUAUAUCAAGAUAAUAAUCCAUGUGUUGUUAUGGCUUCGCCUGGUAUGCUACAGAAUGGAAUUUCUAAAAAUAUUUUUAACAUCAUUGCACCUGAUAAAAAAAGUGGAGUUAUCCUUACUGGGUAUACAGUUAAGGGGACCUUGGCCCAUGAGUUAAAAACUGAGCCGGAGUAUGUCCUCAUUAACGACAAACCGGUUAAGAGGAGGUGUCGCUUCGAGGAAAUAUCCUUUAGUGCUCAUUCUGAUUUUAAUCAAACCAAAACAUUUAUUGAAAAGUUGAAGUGUCCAAAUGUGGUUCUUGUGCACGGGGAUAGGAACGAAUUGAACAGACUGAAAAAUAAGCUAACUGAGGAGAAAAAAUACCUGUCUGUUUUUACGCCCGAGUUGCUGCAGAGGCUGACUUUUCGCUUUGAGCACAGUGACCAUGUGGUAUCCCUGGGUCAGAUUUCCCAACAUAUUCGGUAUCUGGCUCGACGGAGGGAGGUAUUACAAGGGAAGGAAUUGGAUGCAGCGGAUGAAAUAAACGUGGUGAGGGACGCAAAUCGAGGCGAUGCAAUUGACGCAGCUGUUGCAAUUGACGCAACUGAUGCAACUGGUGCAACUGGGGAGAAAGGGAAGGAACAGUCAGGGGGACGACCCCCCCCAGAGGCAAACACCAACAGGGGGGGUGAAAAACUGAGCGACAGAAAUGGAGAGGAAAAAACAAUUCCCAAUGGAGUGGAUGCCAUAAUUAUAUCGGAGCCAAAGGCCAUCCCCAUUAUGAUUUACGCCAAGGAUAUUUAUGAGUAUACAAAUUUGAAGACUGCUUUGAUCGACCAGACGAUUAGCAUAAAAUUCCCCCACAAGUUUGAGCUCCUCUAUCAUAUGUUGAGGGGGGUGUAUGAGGAAACGCAUAUGGAGGAUGGGGAUAGCGGCAGUGGGAAUGGUGACAAGGGAGGAGCGGUCAUCUUCGUGCAGGACGUAAAAAUCCACUAUUGCAGCGCAGAGAAGGUGAUAAGUAUUAAUUGGCUUUCAAGCCCAGUGAACGACCUAGUUGCGGACAGCAUCAAUUUUCUAAUACUAGAAUUUCUGGACACCAUGAAGAAUAACAACCACCUAUCCAUCUGCAACGAAGUAACAGAUGAUGAAAUUUAUGAAAUGAUCAUUUCGUACGUGAAGGAGAAUUAUACCAAUGUGGAGAGAUUUUCCAAAGUGGAGUUGAAGAGGUUCCUUUUGGAAAAUAGCAGUGAUAGCCCCGAGAAGGGAAGAAAAGAAGAAGCAAAGGAUGCAUACGAAGAUGGGUUAGAUAAUUUGAAGAAUGACCAAUCAUAUUCAUCUGGUAGGAUAAACCAAAUGGAUCAUAACAAAAUGGAAGAAGAAGAAGUAGAUUUGUGUGAGGAUCAUGAUGAAAAAAGCGGGCAUAGAGACAGAAUGAAGAAAUUCCGCUCCCUUGAUAAAAUAUUAUUUGAUUACAUCGCGGCAGAUGCUAGUUUAGCCAUGUCCACUGAUGAGGAGGAACCCGUUGUGCGUGUUCUCAAUGGCGGGAUGCUUUAUGAAAUACUGAAGUUUGAGGUAAAGGACAAUAACAACAAGGAUGUUAAUGUGUACGUCGAUAUAGACAACCGGGAAGUCAUAUGUGAGGAAGUUACAAUUUUGUUAAAAAUUAGAGAAAUUUUAAAAAAUAUAGAGGAGUCCCUAUUGCCCAUGUGCUUUUAG